AUGCCUCCGCCGACUUCACCCACCAUCGUCUCGCCUAGCGCAUACCCGGUUUUUUAUUCUGGAAUUUCAAUCACACUUGUUCCUCUUGAUGCGACCAAUACUAUUCCAAUCAACGAAGAAUUCUUCUAUGAAUUCCAACGCCAUCAGAGUACUUAUGAGGCACAAUACUGUUUUAAAGCUUUAAAGAUGGCUCCAGACACUUGGUUCAAUGAUCAAUUCUAUACAAGCUAUUUUAUGUGGGACUCCUUUACUUCUGGUGUUGCCAUCUCCAGCAUGCGCAAUGAUAAGAAUGGCAAAUUUGGAAAUGAUUUUGCUCAGCUUGAAUAUAUGAACGUUACAGUUGUAACUUCUAAUAAACCAUAUGGUGUGCAUGAUGGCUCAAAUCCAUUAUUCAAAGUUCGUGGAACCCCCAAGUUUGGUCUUAAAAGAGAUGGAGUUCAUAGCGGUCAUGUUCAAACUGGAAUUACCGAUAGCUUUUGCAGCGUCAAGGGAAGUAAUAAAGGAAGAUGUGAGGAUGGAUACACUAAGGAAGUCUCCGGUCCAGAAGCAGUCCACAUUCGUGUUGCUACGGGGGCUAAACCAAAUGUAGAUAAGUAUAGCCCUCUUGACAGGGAGUUUUUCAAAAGCUUCCUAGACUUGUCAGAAGACUCGCAACCCAAGUUUUUUGCAUUAUUCCUAUUCUAUCUGAUCAAACUCAGUCUCUAG